UGAAUUGUUUUCAUUUAGUUUUGGUGUGAUCGAGUGUGUGUUUUGUAAAAAAAAUAGAAAAAUGCGAGCAACUGGUAUUGAUUUGGGAACAACAUAUUCCUGCGUGGGGGUGUGGCAGCACGGAAACGUAGAUAUAAUUGCAAAUGACCAGGGGAACAGAACUACACCGUCCUACGUUGCCUUCACCGAUACAGAACGCCUAAUAGGAGACGCAGCUAAAAAUCAAGUAGCGCUUAAUCCUAGCAAUACUAUAUUUGACGCAAAGCGCCUCAUUGGGCGGAGGUUUGAUGACCCAUUUAUUCAGCAAGAUAUAAAACAUUGGCCUUUCAAAGUUAUCAAUGACGGCGGCAAGCCAAAACUUCAAGUCCAAUACAAAGGGGAAACCAAAAAGUUUGCACCCGAAGAGAUAAGCAGUAUGGUUUUGACAAAGAUGAAAGAGAUUGCUGAAACCUACCUGGGAGGCUCUGUUAAGAAUGCUGUUAUUACAGUGCCAGCUUAUUUCAACGAUUCGCAAAGGCAAGCGACUAAGGAUGCUGGUGCUAUAGCAGGUCUCAACGUUCUACGCAUCAUAAAUGAGCCGACAGCUGCAGCUCUGGCGUAUGGAUUGGAUAAAAAUCUCAAAGGUGAAAAAAAUGUACUUAUAUUUGACCUGGGAGGUGGAACUUUCGAUGUAUCUAUAUUAACCAUCGAUGAGGGGUCUCUUUUUGAAGUUAAAGCGACAGCUGGUGAUACUCAUCUUGGAGGAGAAGACUUUGAUAACAGAUUAGUGAACUUCUUAGCAGAUGAAUUCAAACGCAAAUACAAAAAAGAUUUGAAAAGCAAUCCCAAAUCAUUGCGUCGCCUUCGAACUGCUGCAGAGAGAGCGAAACGAACGCUCUCGUCCAGUACAGAGGCUAGUAUUGAAAUUGAUGCGCUGUUUGAAGGUAUUGACUUUUAUUCAAAAAUAUCUAGAGCUCGUUUUGAAGAGUUGAAUUCUGACCUAUUUCGAGUGACUUUAGAACCAGUUGAAAAGGCAUUGAGAGACGCCAAACUAGACAAGAGUUCAAUAAACGAAAUCGUAUUGGUAGGAGGUUCUACUCGCAUUCCAAAAGUUCAAAACCUUUUACAAAAUUUCUUUAAUGGAAAGACUCUUAACAUGUCUAUAAAUCCGGAUGAAGCUGUAGCGUAUGGAGCAGCAGUACAGGCGGCGAUACUCAGCGGUGAAAAACACUCCAAAAUCCAAGAUGUUCUGCUCGUCGACAUCACCCCGCUGUCGAUGGGGAUUGAAACGGCUGGAGGCGUGAUGGCCAAAAUUGUUGAACGUAACUCAAAAAUUCCUUGCAAGCAUUCGCAGACAUUCACCACUUACUCCGACAAUCAACCAGCGGUCACUAUCCAGGUGUACGAAGGCGAGAGAGCUCUUACAAAAGAUAAUAAUCUACUCGGUACUUUUGACUUGACUGGCAUUCCGCCGGCACCCCGCGGCGUUCCUCAGAUCGAUGUUACAUUCGACAUCGACGCCAAUGGUAUUAUGAAUGUUUCAGCUAAAGAAAACAGUACUGGCAAGAGUAAAAAUAUUGUUAUUAAGAAUGAUAAAGGUAGGCUAUCGAAAGCGGAAAUAGAUCGGAUGCUGAAUGAAGCUGAGAAGUACAAAGACGAAGAUAAUCACCAACGCGAUAGAGUUGAUGCACGUCAUAAGCUAGAAGGGUACUUGUUCGCUGUGAAGCAAGCUGUGGAUGAAGCUGGGAGUAAGCUUUCCAGCUCAGAAGCGUCACAAGCUCGCUCAGCUUGUGAAGAUGCAUUUCGUUGGCUUGAUGCGAAUUCUUUGGCUGAGAAGGAUGAAUACGAGGAUAAGUUAAAGGAGGUGUCGUUUGUCUGCGCACCGCUGAUGAAGAAAUUGCACGGCGCAGGGCAGGGAAGGGGUGGUCCCGAGCCACGACCCAGCAAACCAGUCAUCGAGGAAGUCGAUUAGAUUAGCACACAUUCAUAAAUUUAUUCGUUUAUUUAUUAAUUAUUGUGUGAUGAUUAUUUGUUUUUGCUAAAUAGACUAAAUAAUUGCUUAAAUUAA